UGCAACUUCUUUUUUUUUUUUUGGUUCUUAGAAAUUAAAAAACUUCGAACGUGCACCCUCCUAUUUUCUAGAUAAUGCUACUACAGUACAAUUUAUUGUUUUUCAUUUCUUAGAACUGCAUCUUUCAUUUCUCGUUCUGGGGGCAUCGUUAGCUUUGUUGUUUUUUGCCAAAGAUCAUCGCACGGAGAUUGAUAAAACAGCGUUUAUCAUGCCUUUUGUUCAUUCACGACAACAACGAAGUACAAGACGGUCACAGUACGCGCUGAGAAGAUCAUGAUCAUCAUUGUCAACAUCAGUAGCGCGCUUUCAUUGAGUCUAAGCAGGUUGAAGCGUUUCAAAACGUUAUGACGCCCGCCAGCGUUCUUAGAUCGACCCGCCCCGAGAGUCAACACCGGCCACGAGGCACUAUAAUCGGAAGACAUUCGAAAUCCGCAUGUACCCACAUGCGUUCACUGACAUCGAACUAAAACCUACGGCAAAUAUCGCGAGAACUUCGACUACUAUUGCUGCUACUGCGAGAAUCUAUAGCAGUGCCCCGCCAACACUUCCAUCAUCUCCGCCUCCCUAUCCACCUAUCUCUCUCCCACUUUCUUCGACUUUUCCCUGCUUGUUUUUGCUGUCGUCUGCCAAGCAGGACAAGCUUUCGACGAUAGCCAGCGAACAACGGCAUGGCUAUCGAUCGGUCUACCCAUGCAUCGAAAGUGGCAAUAGCAGCGUCGCGUCGCAAAGUUUUCGCUUUCUGGCUAUCUCGGACACGAUGCUCCUGCUGUCACAGCAGCUUCUGGUCAGAUCGGUCAGCCUCCAACGACAAACUGUGCGGUCAAUAGAGCUUACUGUAGCACUGAGUGUGUGGCUGUUCCUGCGACGCGUCGGCAGUGACAUUAAAACGGCGAAAAGUCACAACGAGGACGUGUGUCCACGUCCAGCUCGAACAACUGAGAUAGUAGCUGUUUUUAACAGCACCGGCGGCAGCAGCAGAAGGAGAAGAAGAAACAGCAUAAAUUCGCUUUUAUUCCGCCUCGUUGUGCAGUUUGUAUGUAGUUUGUGCCUUCUUUCGGCCUUAAGUCGUAGCGAAAUGACGGCAACAGGAACAGCAACAGCGUAAGAUUCUACCCUCUACCAUCCUCCCUGAGACGUUAUCCCGCCCAUAUCUCGUUGGCUUUGUGCGUUUUCGUUGUUCCGGUUCUGUCUACCACCUUUUGGCCUGUUUUAAUGCCGUAAUAGUGCCUGUUGCGUCUGCCGUUGUUCUGUGAGAUUCAGUGUUUUUCUUCCGUUUUUCUACUCGUAUGAAAUAUUGUACAUAACUAAUAUCAGAUCCUGAGCUGAUCGUCCGUUCCUGCGAUCUCUGCUGCGUUAUCGUUCCUUGGAGAACUCUCAUUGCUACGCGUUGUUGCCUCCCUCCUAUAAUUCUUUCUCGUACGAUGUUAGCUCACUGCAAACGGCUUCGAAUAUAGUGGGUUUACUGUGAUUUCGUCUAUGUCCCUUUACAGCAGGGCAGCGUUAUUUGGCUUAUGAUACAAACAACCACUGAGUACGACUACCGAUUCAGCCCCCCUAGACUGGCACUGCGUUACUUGAAAGGCACGCGAAAGGCUUGGACUGCGUUUCACCUCUUUGCCGUUCAUGCCUGCUUCCAUGCCAUACCUUGUUUUUAUUUCUGCUGCUGCUGCUGCUGUUGUUGUGGUGGUGAAGACGGCAGCGGCCUUUGUUGGCGUCAUUGUCGUCUGGGUCGUCACUGAGUCCUCCGGUGGUCCUGCCUUGUCGGCGCCGUACAAAUCAGUGCAGUCGCCAUUGUAAUUAUUGUCGAUGCGGUAGCAGCCGAGGCCGAAGCCAAGGUAGACAUAUCUUACGUCGAGACGUAAACGGUCAAAGUCCAAACUGGCAACAGACACCACAGCAAUGCCUGGGUUACGUGCCAUGACCGGUCAUGCGACCAACGACGAGAUUGUGAAACUCCAGCGUUUGCUGCGAAACUGCGUCGUCUCCGCUCUCAGCCAGCCGGCGUAUUGCCUUUACUGUUAUGGCUGUCUCAGAUCCUGCUGCAACCAUCGCUAUAAUAUUCGAUGUUGCAGGGAUGCCUGCGUUCGUCUCUUUAGGUUUAGCUUUGCCCUUUGCCUAUCUUCUCAUCAUAAUACUGUUGAUGGUGAUUCUGUUGAUGUGUAUCCGCGUGAUGGCGCUUAGCGUUGCCGACGUACAGUGCUUUUUUAGAACGGCGCACGCACUUUUUAACAUGCUGGCGUUGUUGCUUUCAUAGUCGUCGCCCCCUAUUUGCUUGUCCGCUGUUGUCGGCUUCGGUAACCUAUUGCUCCUGCUGCUACUGUGAAAGACUAGCCUGGGCCCUUUUACUGAAUAACCUGACAUUAUACGGAGCGUGUAUUGAUGCUGCUGAGCUGAAUAUGCAUGGAUCUGAUGACACAAAUAGCAUCAUCCGCUCGAAUAAAUGACGCUCCUAAUUAUGGCGAUAAUGGCCAUUUUGGAUGCUCGUGCCUAUGCUCGGCGUUUCUGUGGAUAUAUUGUGCAGCUACGGUGGUGUUGCAUCUUCGUCGUCGCGAAACGGUACCUUGGCUAGCUAAUCAAAUCCGAUCGGUUCGGUCUAUCGAUCCAGUCCACUAGUCUGAUCGGGUCCGACCUGAUCAUCGCCGAUCAAUGACGACUCUUCCAAGAAUUGAACACAGUCAGUAUCAGAGGCUGUGGUGACUGCAAUCACGUACUUACUCGUCACAGCUAUCGAGAGAAAUGUCGAGCUGCAGAAUCACUAGGGGCAGCGUUAUAUUAUAUAUAGUAAUAUAUCAGUAUAACAGUACGAUCGUGCAGAGGAUCGCAUCAGCAUGCCGAUGCAGUCCUCUUCAUUGUGCCUAUUCUCCGUCCGGCAUUCGCGGCGCAGAACGCCGUCAACGGCGAGGGAGAGCGGGUCGAUGUUGCUCCAAACGGCAGAUUCGACGAUUCUUGAUAACCCACCUUUCGAUGAAUUGACGACCAGCGAAUACUUCUCCAUGUCUCUGUAUAAAGAUCGUGGGUCGUCCUCGUCGUAGUCAAUUUCUUCGUUAUGAAAAACUAUGAUCAAUACUAGUACUACAUACUACUGCAACUGUGCGAAUUCGAAUAUGACGAGCCGGCGGCGAACUGCGUACGCCGUGGAGUGCCGGUUUGUCGAUGACCAUCGAUCGGUCAGUCAGGAUCGCCGCUACGGCAGCGUCCCUCGUUCCUGUUCAUCAUUGUCCCAGAGCUGAUUUUACCGUCUGCAUGCUUCAAUUCGCUGUAUUCUUUUCUUCGUCCUGUCAUUUGAAAGGAACUGGCCGACGAAUGUAAGCGCCGCUUUGGCGACAAAAGAUGACGCAGGAGACGGAUGGAAAGGGGAAGCAAGAGAGGACGAAUGAAGAUAUAGAGCUGUGAACUAGUGAAAUAGGCCCGCUAAGAAAAACGAAAGGCGAAAAGAGUGCGGACAAGGGUAGUAGGCUGAUGUACGGACGUAGCGCCGAAGAAAUAUCAACACCGGUAAAAGUAGCUGCAACUACAGUAACGUUCGGCUGCUUUUUUCGAUUGUUUUCGUUUGGGGCAUAUGAAUUGGCUUGCUGGCUACUCCCUCAUUACAGCGGCCACCAAUGGCCAAGCUUUACCUUAGCACCAGUGCCUGUCGGGAUUAACAGAUAAGUCGACAAAAGUACCAGUAUCAGCAGCAGCAGCAGCAGCGCCACCAAAGCCAAAAGUCUCAGUAGUCUUUUAGUUGAACGAACGCUGCUUGUCUUAUUGAAGAAAAACUCGGAUGCGUCGUUAGAAACGUAGCGGCGAGGCGACAAUUCAUUCAGCGACAACUGCAAGCAAUUCUAGAUCGAUCUGUGCUGCCCGAACGCACGCGUGCUUAGAUAGUCAGCGCGUGCAUGGUACUUCCAGGUUUGAUGUUGUUGCGUUCCGCAGAAUAACAACGGCAAUAGGAAACACACGACAGCAUAGAGGUGGAACGGGAUCGAACAGAAAGAACAAAGAACGAUUUUACAAGGAGGACAAGGAGCGGCUCUAUUACAUAUAGAAAUAACAAUAACGAAAACAACAACGACGACGAUAAAGGCCACCAUCCCAACAGCAAGAACUCGACCAAAAAAUAGCAGAUCAAGCGCAUAAACAUGUCUAACGUUCUUUCCCGUGCUUCCCAUUGCAUCUAGCCCGAACGAACAGCGGCCCAAAUACUAGACAAAGCAGACGAAAUUAAAAAAGAACGCCCAUAAAGUGUCUUCCCUUCAGAACAAACUCCAAACUCCACUUUUACUGAAGCAAUGCCCCCGCUUUAUUUGCCAUUUUUAUUUCAUCUUGAGCGACGACAGCACCGAUUACGAAACUGAAAAAAUGAUAGAUUGAGCCGUGGGCGAUAAGGCGCGUAUAGAAACACAGGCUGAACAAAAUACGUGCAUUAAGAGCGACAUGUUUCAGCGUAUGGCCACAUGCAGACAUAAAUAAAGACAGACAACGGCUACUGAGCAAAGGCACGGCGCACAGAUACUGUACUCUUAAGGAAAAACUAGGCAUCUUGCCAUUCACGUCCUGCUUCCUAGAGGUCAAGCACCUCUGGACCUACAAUGGCGCUGUCAGAGUGAAAUCGUUGUUAUUGUUGUUAUAGGUGAACUUUCUGUUGCUUUUGAUGCUGCUCGAGUUGUAGUGGUUGCGGACGUUUUUUUCCCGCGUACGAACCUAGCGAUCUCCUAUGAUGCUUGAGUAGAAGCGCCUUCUACAAGCCCAUCAUAACGAAACGUACGCUGAAGGCAACAUAGACCAGCCUGCAGCAUAAAGCCGCGCGCGACAAUGAGCUCUCCUAUGAAACACAGACCUUUGAAGAACCGGUCUUUAUACCGAAGCAAGCACUGACCGACCGCUAAAAACUGAGGGGAGACUAUAGGGAAGCUCGAAGCGUGCUCCCAUCUACGGGAAGUAACUAGCCAGCCACUUUACUUAUUCACAGAAGCCAAUGCCCCUGGAGAACAACAUUAACAACGACGAAGACCACAAUAACCUGCUUCUGCUGAUGCUGCUGUCUAGGUAUGGCGACCAAGGGCGAUACGAAAAUCAAGUGCUCUAACGGAUUGGAUUGCGGUCGUCAAUACUGUUGGCUAGUAGGUAGCACAGUAUCCGCUGAAACAACAGAUGGAAGCUACAGCCGCCAUGCGUGUUUGCUGCCCUUCGCCACCUCCUGAAACGUCAGCAUUUACUUCAUCAACUUCAUCGCCUUUAUCCAAUGACACUGAUGGCAAUUCUACUACCACUAACAAUUCUAUUUUAAUUUCCCCUAGCACAUCUUACCCCGGAAAAACGCAUACGCCACAAUUAACGCCCAGUUUGGCCGCUGACAGCGACAGAGGGCCACUGUUGCUUUCCACGCGGCCCCGCCUGCAUUCGCUACCUGUUCGUCUGCAAUACUCUAUCGACACCCCUGCAAAUUCGUUACCCUCAACGCGUCGGGCUAGCGACUGGCUCUCAGACGUAACCGCCGAGAAUGCCCAGUGGCUGAACCAGGUUGCCAACGAUUUCGGAAAUACGUGCAACGCCAGUAGCAGUAGCAGUAGCAGCAUCGUAGACAAACAAGGGUUACUUUGCCCUCCCCCAUCAUCAAGCUUGACAGAGGAGGGGGCAGACUCGCCCCUGGGCAAGCGUCCCUCGGCGUUACAGGCUGCUGUUGCCGGAGGCAACAACUCCGCUAGCGAUCCGGCAUUAGCAUCCUUUGUAGCAGCAGCAGGAUCUGUCGCACUACCUAAGCGGCAGCAGGCGUCCGUGACUAUCGCCAUAGUCGACGACGACAACAGAGAUUUUGAAGGCGACGACAAGAACAGCACCAAUAAGAACUACUGUGAAGCUUUUUGGAGAAACGCUGGCACUCCGCCCCCAGAGCAACUCCAGCAGCAGCACGGCACCGGCAGUCACAGCAAAGAGAGCAACAGUUCCGUGCAGCAGCAGCAGCAGCAGCAGCAGCAGCAUCCUCUCAACACGCAGAACUACCACAUCCAUCCGAGCGACGGCAACCAGCAGCGGCCACAGCAAGACCAGCCGCUACAGCAGCGCCCUCAUCCAGAGCUCCAGCAGCAGCAACAGGACCGCCACUUGUCGACGGGUCUGAGACGGCUAUCUUCGCACAAGUCGGCCGACUACCCAACGGAGCAGACGUCAGCGGUCCUCUCCGAGAGCGCCGUGCAGGCCACCCACACACAACAGCGGCAGCAGCACCAGAACCACCACCGCCGCCACCAUCACGAGCUCCGCCAUUCGCUAUCGGAGGAGCAAGCUAGAUCAGGCAGUGUCAGUUUCGCUCCGACACCGGGGUCGCGCCAUCUGAAUAGCGGUGCGGCCGGUGGUGUUGCCACCAUUGUGGGUAGCCGUUAUACUGUCAGGCGAAGUAGCAGCGGUGCUGUGUUGUUAAAUAGAGAAAACCUUCAGUCAGGAGUAGGUCAGCAGCGCAGCCAGUCGCUGAACCUCGGAGGAAUUGCGGUCGCCGACAUUAGUUACGGUGAAGAACAACAGCAGCAGCAGCAGCAGCAGCAGCAGCAGCAAGCAGUGAACCCUGUUCAAACGCAGGUUCAUCAUAGUCAACAACAGCAAAACGGCUACCGUUCGACGUUCAAACCAGAGUGGACUCUGAAGUGGCCGUAUAUAGUGCGCUCAGCCAGCGGAGACCCACAUGUGUUCUUUUGUGAGAUUUGCAAGAAAACAGUGUCGUGCGCUCACCAGGGUCUGAGAGACGUCACCCGUCAUUUGGAAUCCAGUGGUCACCACACGAUGAACUUCAAGAUCAGUUUGCCCACGAUGGCGACAGAGCAUCCAGAUUUGCUUACAGCGAGCUUGAGUCUUCAGGCGCUGCGCGAUAGCGGGGAGCUCUCCGUAGUGACGACACCACCCCAUGAGCACGACAGCGAUGAUCAGAAAUCGGACGUGGCCUCGAUGGGACCCCCGGCCUCGCCUCCGCCUGUUGCACAUGCGCCUCUUCAAGCGACGCAGGCGAUUGCCGCUGCAAAUGGCAGACUUAACCCGGCCCUCAAAGACGUACAGUGCCCCAUUUGCCUGAAGGUGUUCUCGCGCAAGUUCUCUUUAGAGAUGCACUACCUCAUCCAUCAGAACCUUAAACCUUAUACAUGCCAACACUGUGGACGCAGCUUUCGACAGAAAGGAACCCUGAUGAGACACAAGGCGAUUCACAGCCAGACCCCCUCCUAUCGCUGCGGGCUAUGUCAUCGGAGUUAUCGGCAGAAGAACGUCUUCCUCCACCAUCUUCGUAACCGGCACAAGAUCUCUACUGAUAUGCUUGAUCGCAGGCGGUCGAAAAGUGGUGGCCAGGAUGACCUUACGACAGGAGCGGGUUCGCCCAGUUCGCUUCUCGAUGGCAGCGGCAGUCCAGGUGCUGCUGCGGAAACCGUCUACCCACCUCCCGAGUUGGGUUCGCCUGCCGGCACAAUACCAACCCGGCCUGUGUCCACUGAGCCGGUCACAUCGACGCCACCAGGUCUAGCAGGCCUUCCCGUUUUCAGCAAUUCGCAACUCGCACAACUGCCCCCGACAUCGACACGUCUACAGAACCCACUUUUCCUUCCGGGCCUAUUCAGUUCACCACUGAUGCAAACGCCGCUUGGAUUUCCUACGCAGCCGCCAUCGCAGUCGAGCAUGUCUCCGCAAAACUCAUGGCACUGCCCGUUCUGUCCAUACGAGACGCUGAACAACGACACGGACGGCUGUCGCAAACAUUUGUUCCAGCACAUCCAGGAGUCACCCUACUCGUGUCUGGCAUGCGGAAAGCGCUGCUUUAACGAAAAAGAGCUCAUCUUACACAUUCAGGAGGCGCAUGGGCCGGCAACGAACCCAGUAGGUUUAGGCAGCGUGGCCACACUACAGGCUGCAAUCAACAACUGCUACCGAUCAGCAAUUGCGGAGCCAAACGACGAACAGAAUGAGCCGUUGUCAUUAUCCAGGGUCGUGAAAGAAGAGCCGUCGCUGUCAAACGGCUGCCACAACAAUGCCAGCAAGGAAAUGGCCUUCACUUGCAUUCCAUGUAAGGUCGACUUCUCGUCGGAGGAAGACCUGGAAAACCACAUUAAAUCGCAUCAUGUCCAGCCGAGCUGCACGAUCGACGAUUCGUCAUCGGCGGCUACCGAGAUCGGCACAAGCGUGCAAGUACCCGAGGAUUUAUCGGCCAACAGUAGCCGGAAACGAUCCUUUGACUCAAGCUGUGAUUCGUCAUCGGACAGCGCCCCGUCGCAUAAACCGCUCCACAAGAGCGAUGACUCGGACUCUUGCGACCCUAGCCAUCGAUCAGCGAAAGAGCAUGCGGAGGCCCAUACGGGCAAACAGCCUAAACGGCAAUUUCUAUGUGUUGAUUGCAAUAAAGUGUUCAACUCGAAACAUGUGUACCGCUAUCACGUUCAAAUGCACAUCUCUGUCACGAAGAGUUUCCGCUGCGGCGUGUGUAAGAUUGGCUUUGCAAAAAAGCACGACUUGCUUCAGCAUACGAGGCAGACGCAUAUGAAGAAGUUUGCUUGUGCCAAAUGCAACAAACUGUUCAGCUAUCGUAGUAUCUAUCAGAGACACGAGCAGGAUUGCGAUGGUCAGGUGUUCUGUCGGAACGACGACUUGAUACCGACUCGAUGCAGGACGCGCUCGUUUGACGAGGGUCAAUCACAAAAAGCGGGCAGUCUUCCGUUGAUUGACGUGUCCUUGGCAUCGUCAGCUCUCGGACGCGAUCUUAUCGGUGUUAUUCCACUGCUAGGCGAUGAGAACCAACAAGGAUGCCCGAAGCAGAGCGUCCUUCUUGGUGUGCCAGUGAUCAACCCUAGCGUCUUACAAACCCAUCAACAGUUGAUACAGAAUCUGUUAGUUGUUCGCAAUAUGGCCUAGCGCUUGCUUAAGCACAGAGGGACAAUUAUUAUCCGACCGCAAGAAUUCAAUAUCGUGAUGAGAUAACAUUUCUGUACGAAGGAUUGCAAGGCAGAAAGAGAGAAAAGGACUUGCUGAGGAAGACGGGGCUGAGAGAAACUUUUUACCAUUUUCAGCAUGCACCUCAGAAACCUCUAGCGCUUUGUCAGGCGUAUUGUGUCAGAGCGAAAAAAAGAUGAAGGUACUGAUGAACUUGCGAAGGGUACAAAGGAAAUGGUAAUGUACACUAAAUCACAGCGUACUUGUCGAUGCGGUGUCCUUGAUGCGUACUACUAAACACUGGACAUCCGUUUUAUUGUUAUGUUCUGUUUAGACUAUAUGGCAUUGAUUUUUAAGCAUUAGAGACGGAACACGAUUUGUUUCGUUACGGUGCGCCCAAACGUUUGCAUCUCGGAACAAUCAGGAUAACAGAGACAUGUUGAUAUCCAAAAUCACUGCAUUUCCGCUUUUGUAUUGUGAAACGAAGCAAACGGGCAAGUUCCAAAAGCAAUGUCUCAAAUUGGCAACCGUUGUGCCUUACGCCAACUAGGUAUACGAGCACCUUGCGUUAUUUAGAUAGAUAAAGAAAAUAUUGUAAAUGAUAUGACGUUAAUGUUUGUACUGUUGACCAUAAAGUAUGCUGCGUUGAAUGAGAUAAGCAUCAUAUCUAGGCAGGCGAAUUAGUAAGAGCCAUUUAUCCUCAACACAUUUCUUACCCCUGCCUCAGCAGCUGCACGGGUUGUUCACGGGUUCAGACGACGUUGAUGCUUUGUUAGCAAAGUAGACACGGGGCAGACAUUGCUGUUAGCCGUUGCCCUCGCACCGGUUUGAGAUUUUUCGGGCUUCUGCUUUUUUUUGCUAUCUUUUUUUUAGCGCGGCUAAGCCUGCGCGGAGACCCGCUAUCAUGGGGUUUUUGUGAACAAGUUUCGACUAUUUUUUGCCUUUUUUUUAUGUCGCCGCUGCCGUUGCUGUAAAACGACAAAUUCGUUCCAAUCGAUAAAUACAAAAGGGAGAUCUUUAAUCGCUAUCUAAACGGCCUUGUUCUACGUCUACUAUACCUGCAGUAGCCUAAGCUAGUCUUAGAAUGAACGCAAUACGUCUAGCCAUUUCUCUUUCGCCCUUUUUCUAAUCCGAAAGUGGAUUCCCGAUGAUAGUUAGAUCGAAGAUUUUUUCGAAAUUUAUUUUUAAGUUAUUCUUUCAAUUUUAGUUAGUUUUACAUAUGUAGUUUCUACAACUACAGCCUAUUUACUCAAAUUUGUCGUCGAAAAGCAAAAAGCAUGUCAAUCUUAUCUAAUCGUUUACUGUUUAUCUGUUUUCGAUAAUUAAUUGAGCUCUCGGACGCGACCACGUCCUCUUAAAAGUUACGUCCAUCUUCAUAAACCGAUUUCUGGUCAUUUAUUACAAUAUGUAUGGUGGUAGCAGCAACGGUAACAAUAAUGAUGAUAAUUAACAUUUAUUAUUAUAUAUUAUUACCGUUAUUGCUAUUAUUAUGAUUUGUGAUACCCAGAAAUGUUCUAAGCCUAUGCUCUUCAUAACCUACAGACCGAAAUAACGCGAGCGAAUAUCGAAAUAACGAAAAAUACUUUUGCCCGAAGCCAUUUUUGCUCUGUGACAAGAUUGCAAUCAUGAUUUCGAUAGAUAGACAGAUAGAUAGAUAGAGCUCAACGCCAAGUGGUCGCAGUGGUACAAGCUAGAAACAAAUAAAAACGUAGAUUUUCUUCAGAUACUAAUCUAAUACCUCAUAUGCCUUAUGUAUAUGCCCCACUAUAUGCAUAGGGCAUAUGGCAGUUUUGUUCUGUGUUUGCUUUCUGCGAAAAUACUGUUCCGUUGACGACAUAACAGUGCGAAAUAUCUCGAUCGUGUUACAUAGAUUAUGACUAUAGUUUUUGUUAUGAGCUUGAAUAUAUCCUUGUGCAUUGCAACUCUCUGUGUAAUUUCUGCUAUGUGCCCAUAUGAGACAAUUGGGCAAUGAAUAACAUCUGUUGUUGUUGUUGUACAUAAGUGAAGAUGGCGUGCAGCGGCCGCGAUAUCGUACGAUGCGAACGUGUUACGGAAGUGGGGUCCAAUUGUCCCCUAUGUUUCAUGACAAUUGCCAGUGAAGUUAACUACAAUGUGUGUAAAGACACCAGUAUCGAGUGGAAAGAGUAAAUAGAUCGAAAAGUAAGUCGUUUUGGUUGAGUUGGAAGGUCUGGUUGAUUGACGUGGCGAGCAAGCGUCAGCCAUCUUCGGUUGUCCCGAAAGAGGGAGACCCGAAGCAAGCCUGACCGCGACUUGCGUGCUAUAUAUGAUAAUGUUAGUGUUGAUGAAUCAUGCGACGGGAAAGCAAAAAUCAUAUGACAACGAAUCCAACAAAAGCCAACUCGUUAUUCGGGGCUUUGGGCAUUGUAUGAAAAACGAAGCCGAUUUAGCGGCGGUGACUAUAAGAAGUGAUGAUAACAGAACAAUGUAUACAACUAGUUGUUUGACUAGCAUUACUCCUAAAUAUUCGAAAUAAAUAUAAAUGACAGCAGUGGCACGCAGUAACACACUUUAUAACGACUCUGUAGUCUAUAAUGAGAUGCUGCGAAAAUCAAGGAUUUCAUGUCGCUUCUUUCUCUCUGCGUAAUCUCCGAUGAAAACAGGAAAAUUACAUUUUGAAUCUUGGCUACCAUUUCCAACAAAACGGCAAGAAAAAAGGUCAACUCCGGACAAAACACCAGCUGCAGUGAGUUGUGUCAUGUUACCGAUGGUGUCGAUAUAUAUAUAUAUAUAUAUAUAUAUAGAUAUAUAUAUACAUUGAGUCUAUAAAGGUGGAUACAUUAUGAAAAACUGCGCAACUGCUCGUAUAUUUUGACAGGAGUAUCAGCAAGCUAAAGGUGACGCCCUUUAGCAUUCUAAACGAUCGAGAAGUAGUGCAGCAAGAGUACAAAAACAAUCUCCAAUGGACCCCCAAUGGUGCUACAGCAUGGAAGGAACCUUGAAUGAAUCAGACGACGUGAACAAAUCCGCACACAUAGACACAAAUACACACACUGAUGAACAGACGCUUAGCCUCACACAGUGUUCAAGGGUGCACAUGAUUUUAUCGAAGACAACGCACACGAAACGGUAAAAUAACACAGAUUAAGAACACAUUUGACGAUGCAAUCAAUAGUACACAGAUAUUUUUUGUAUCUCCGUGCAAAAUGAACACAUGAAGACGCUACGUGGGAUGGGGAGCCCUUCAAAAGCGAGACUUACCUACUGAACGAGACUGAAAAAUGCCCAUUGUCUAGAUAUAAGAUAAAAUAUUAGUAUGAAAAAAUAUAGUGGAAUGCGCGAGCGAAAGAGCCAUUUGCAAAAAUCUAUAUAUCUAAGUAUAGAAAUAUAUACAUGUGAGAUGUGGUGUCUACCCUAAUAAUAAUUAUAAU